AUGAGCGAAAUAAGCGAGUUGAAGAUCAUUCCAUAUACCUCUAAAGAUUAUUACGCUUCCAAAAACCAACAAAAAAAAAGAGAACCAAGUAUGUUUAUGUCCUUCCGCAAGGAAAAGAUGAAGAGCAAGCCUACAGAUAUUUCAUUUGCCGAUUAUUUUGACGAGGUGACCAAUUUAUGGAAAUGUAUGUCGGAGGUCGAAAGAUCUGAAUGGCAAAAGAACUACAAUAAUAAUCAGGACAAAAAGUUACGCAAAGAUCAUAAAAUUGAAAAUCUUAACAUUCAUGAGAAAUACGUAUUUCCGGACAAAUUUAUUUCUGUUCCUGAUUUAGUUGUUGGAAUUGCAUCAACAAGCGGAAGUGGAGUUAAUGAUGAUUUAAACGUAAAGCUUCAUAAUUUGGAAACAGGAGCGCAAUUUCAAAUGAGCAACAAUUCAAACAAUCUUAGUUUAUUUUUGAACGGAUCUAGUGUACAAGCUAUUAGUUGA